UGAAGUCAGAGAUUACUGCCUAUGUUUUCUUCUAAGUGUUGUAUGGUUUCAGGUCUCACAUUUUGUGUUUAAUCCAUUUUGAACUUUUUUGUGUGUGUAGUGUAAGAAAGAAGUCCACUUCCCUCUUUCACAUGAGUUGUCCACUUUUCCCAGCACCAGUUAUUGAAGAAACUUUCUUUCCACAUUGCAUAUUCUUGCCUCCUUUCUCAUAGAUUGACUGUAUACCCAUGGAUUAUUUUGAGAAGUGAGAGAGAAAAUGCCAUAACAGAUAUCCACAGCAUUUUCUGUUAAAAAUAUGCAGAUACAUGCUUAGGAAAUUUUCCCAAGAUUAUGUGGCAAUCUUGUUGGGCUAGGGCAAUGUCAGGCAUGGUUAGGAUGAUUGUCCCCAAUUUAUACCCUUUUUCACCUGGUGAUAUUCUCAGAUUUAGCAGGUAUUCUUCAAAUGAAAUCUCAAAUCUAAAUAAAUGUUUUGUAGCUGCCACUUUUUCUGUCUCACUCUAGUAUAAAGCAGAUUUACAAUUUACAUUUGUCAGUUGUUUCAGGUUGUAAAUAUAACUGCCUACAUUGGCUGUCCUUAUGCUGUCCCGACUUUGAAGUGCCCAGCUGGCAAACAUGGACACACCAUAGAAAUAAAUGUAAGAAUCUUGCUUGAAUGCAUACAGAUGCAUGUGUGUUCAGAAGAGUGGAAACCUGAGACAGUAGCAGAGAGUGAAGUACAAUUUGGGGGCAGAAACUCUCCCCAGUUUUCUGGAAGGUCCUCAGAGUUAGGAGCAGAAGCCUCUCUAUGAAAUGAGUGAAGGAGAAAACAGACUUUGUAGGGGAUUUCUGGUGAAGUUAGGACUGUCUGGGACCAACAUGCAUGCUUUAAGAUAUUGGUGCACAUUUUAGAUGUCAAUUGUAAUGUGUCAUACUGGGGACUGGGGGAUGCUUGUUUUCUCUGAAUAGCUAAAAGAAUCAGGGAAGAGUCUAGGAUAUAGGGGCAGAAGGGGUAAUCUGCUUAGAGUCCGAGAUGUUUUCUUGAAACCUAGACUUGGGGCCUUUGAGGAGGCAGUCUUGGUAUUGAAAACCUGUGAUUGGUGAGAUUUCAGGUGUCCUCAUUAAGCAAAAAGUUUCAAAAGUUCUGACACUUAAUUGGUCAAAAAUGGGAAUAACUAAAAGUUUGUUCUGCUUUCUGCAGUCUGAUUGCUUAGGGACGCCCUGAACCUGGCGUCCUAAUUAAGAACAGGUACCUCAGUGACUAAGUCCCCUUGGGAAGGAGGGUAGUAAGGGUGAAGAAGAGAGAAACCCUCAGUUCCCUGAACGCUGUUAUUUCUUGACUUUUUCCUAAGCUCCUCCCAAAAAAGUUGCUCUGGCUCCUGAGCAGUAACUAGAUAGGAGUUAGCCUUAGCUGAGCCCUGGAGAGCCUGAGAAGUGGUGGAGAGACCCCUCCAUGAAGGUGAGUGUCUUCUCAUGGUUGCUUUCUGCCAAGGAAUCAGUAGGAGAAGAUCAAGUAUGGAGUUCUGGGCUUGGCUGCCUGCAAGAAGGAGGCCUAGCUUCUGAGGGGUAGAAUAGUGGAGCAGCAGAAUUGAGAGGCUCAUCUCCAAAUCCCCUACACAGCAGAGAGCAGAUUCAAUUCUUCUCUGUCCCAGUACUAAGAACAGUCACUGCUAACAUUCUUCUGUAUUUUUUUCAGCUAGUGCUCAUUAUGUAGACAUUAUAUAAAUGUAGAUCACUGAGAGCUAUCCCAACAGUUCUGUCCUUGACCUGUUUUCCCAUUAUUCCAGCCCACAAAAGCUUAGAGGAGGUGACAUGAAUAAGGAAAGUGAGGAAGGGAAAAUGGUAAUGUGAGCCAUGAAAUCAAAUAAAGAAGAGUAGGCUCCACAGGGUAUGGCCCAACUACUUUAAUGAGCAUCAAGUACUAUUUAACCAUAUAGCACACAUCCAAGCAACCAUCAUGUAGGGAAAUUUAUCAGCAUGACUUUAUAGCUCAACAAUAAUAUAGAUAUACAUGUCCUUGCCUUCAUAGAGUUUAUAUUCUAGUAUCAUAGAUGAACAAAGAAUACAUGAAAUUGGUUUCCUGUCCUUCUUCCUUGCCUUAUAUUUAUUCCAGCAUGAUGAAUAGACUAGCAUCAUAAUUGUACUUACUUGUCUUGUAUAUAAUCUGGCAUCCACCAUUCCCUUGAAUGUAAGCUCCACAGGGCAGGAAUUUUUGUUUGUUCUAUCCACUGCUGAAUUUGCUUAAUGUUCAAUGAAGGAAUGAAAUUAGUAUACAUAUCAUAUCAGGUAAUAAAAAGUGCUACAAAGAAUGGUAAAGUCCAAAAAUGAACAAGUUAUUCCUAAUUGGUGUAGGGUUACUGGAUAUAAUCCUCUGAGGAGAUGACAUUUGAGUAAUGGGAUGAAUAAAGUGAGAGGUCGAGAUCCAGACAUCCACAGGGGCUACUGGCCUCAGAUCUAUCCUUGUUAGGGACAGGUGCCACCUUUCCUCUCUCCCAACAUUUUGCAAAGCACAUGGGUUUAGGGAAGAAUGAUUCUGCCCUGGGAAAUUAUCUCCAGAGAGCUCCAGAGCUCUCAUUUGUAGAUGUGUCUGCUCUGUACCAUGGAAGUUUACACUCUGGGGAGAGCAGGGGUGUUGGUCUUAGUCCGCUGCUGCUUUUCUACUACCCCAAGUUGGGUCUAGACAAUACCAGUAAGGAUGACGUGUAGGGUUCAAUGUUCCCUGAUCUGACCAUCACCUAGAACACCCUUGUGUCAUCUGCUACAGUUAACAUAAGAAGAAUGACAUGGUCCCCGGACUGGUGUGGCUGAUCAACACAGCUUCAUAAGUGGUCAAACACUCUUAUCCUCUGUCCCUGGAGAGAAGACCUAUCCUGUGGUGUAAAAAGACAGAGAAUGUUUUCUUAUCCUCAGUAGCGAUUCAGGAGUCUUCCCCUAUUCCAGACAGGCAGACUUGUGCUAGAUUGAAGGUGAUCACAUUUAUGUCUGACCUUGUGCAGAGCAUUGCAGUCGGGGCAUGUCACCAGGUUUUCAGGUUGAAAAUAUUUUCUCAUCCUAACCUGUCUUCCUUCUCUUUGGAGAACAGGACUAUGUGGCGCCAUGUUACCAGUCUUUGAUGUCUAGAUUUUACAAGGAGCAGAAAAAAGGAGUAAAUGAUGAACAAUUUCUCUAGUGCCACUGAGUUCUGCCUUCUAGGCUUUCCUGGGUCCCAAGAACUACACCACAUUCUUUUUGCCAUAUUCUUUUUCUUCUACUCAGUGACAUUAAUGGGAAACACAGUCAUCAUUGUGAUUGUCUGUGUGGAUAAACGUCUGAAGUCUCCCAUGUAUUUCUUCCUUGGUCAUUUGUCUGCCUUGGAGAUCCUGAUCACAUCCAUCAUCAUGCCCAUGAUGCUUUGGGGAUUGCUGCUUCCUGGGAUGCAGACAAUAUCUCUGGCUGCAUGUGUCACCCAGCUCUUCCUGUACCUUGCUGUGGGGACCACAGAGUUGGUGUUACUGGGAGCGAUGGCUGUGGACCGUUACGUGGCUGUCAGUAACCCUCUGAGGUACAACAUCAUUAUGAACAGCCACACCUGCAUCUGGGUGGUCAUUGUGUCAUGGGUGUUUGGGUUCCUCUGUGAAAUAUGGCCAGUCUAUGCCACAUUUCAGUUUACCUUCUGCAAGUCAAAUCUGUUAGACCACUAUUUUUGUGAACGCGGGCAACUGCUCAAACUAUCCUGUGGUGACACUCUUUUCACAGAGUUUGUUCUCUUCUUAAUGGCUGUUGUCGUCAUUAUUGGUUCACUGACCCCAACAAUAGUCUCCUACACCUACAUCAUCUCUACCAUCCUCAAGAUCCCCACAGCCUCGGGCCGGAGGAGAGCCUUCUCUACGUGUGCUUCUCACUUCACCUUUGUUGUGAUCGGCUAUGGCAGUUGCUUGUUCCUCUAUGUGAAACCUAAGCAAACACAGGCUGCUGAGUACAACAAGAUAGUUUCCCUGUUUAUUUCUGUGGUAACCCCUUUCCUGAACCCUUUCAUCUUCACCCUGAGGAAUGACAAAGUCAAAGAGGCCCUUCGGGAUGGUAUGAAACGCUGCUGUCGACUGGUCAAGGAUUAAAUCUCUCUACAUCAGUUUUGGGUGGCAAUGUCUUCACUAUAAAUUAUUCACUAACCUAGAAAACCCUAGCUCCUCUCUUAUAAUUAUCAUCUUUUCAAAGAUCAAUUUUGUACAACCUCCAAUCUGUGCUGUUGGAGAAGACAAGACAGAUAAAAAUGAAGCCUAUUCUCUGCACACUAGAAUCUCUUUCCUCAGUUUGUGAUGGUUCCCUUCUUGAACCAUGGAGGCAAAUCUUUGGGAAGUGGGAUGAUUAACGAAAGGUAAUACACACAUGUUUAUAGCUCUGUAUCCUUGAAUUCAUUCUCCUACAAUGCAUUUUUGAGGAUGUAUUUCCUAGGGAAGGAAGAAUGUGGGAAGAAGGGGUGGGGAGGCAUCUGGCAUAAUCAGUCCCAAGGGGCAGAGGCUCACUUUGUUUCUUUAUCAACUGUUGUAGAGAUUUUCCUGUAUUUUGUGCAAUUUCUUGACGCAAUGGCUGUAUGCACUUUAAAUAUUCUAUGGUUCUCCUUUCUCUGCUGGUUUUUCUCUGCUGGCCCCAUUGCUAGUGCAAAGUACAUACAAUGUUACAUACUCUUUGCCACAGAACCAAUCUAGAGUGGAGAUAUGGGGAUUGGAAUAUUUUCCUUUUAGUAAGUAUUAGUGAUGUAAAGAUAUGAAAUAUUUUGGGACAUAUUGGUAUUGGGACGUAUGGGGAUUGAGACAAGUAAGAAUUAAAUGACUAAUUCUAGAGAAAGCAUCCUGUGUUGUACAACUGCUUAAAUCUACUAUGUUUGUUGAGACUACUUCCAGACUCAGACUUUAGGCUUCAUGAUGCUUGUGGUUCUUUGUCUCUGAAAUCCAAGUGUCUCAGUACCCUGUCAUAGAUUUUCCCUAUGGGGAGCACCACAGAAAUAAGAAGCUAUCCUCUCAACUUGCAGCUCUUCAGGAAUAUAAGUCAUGGUUUUAUGACAAUGCAAGUGUAGGAAGCUCAUCAUGUUGGAGCAAGGUAUUUGAAGGAAGGAGGAAUUUAAAAGUAUUUUCAUU